AUCCGAUGGCCCUCAAAACCGAAACAGAAAGCAGAGCAGCAGCCCACGACAUAACUAGGGCUGCGCUUGCUUUGUGCUGACAGUGUCAGAGCCCAGCCAGCACAGGACCUGGCAGCAGCUGCAGAUGGGAUCUGCUCUCCAGCUUGUUUCAGCUCCACACCCCGAUGGGUAGCCUUGUGAAGCAGAAGCUCGCAGGAGGGUACUGGGGACAGCCCACGAUUCGGAGAGAGGAACAGGUCAGCAGAUAUACCAAGCUACCAGCAAGAGGAGCAAGGACAGCAACUGCAGCAGGAAUCCUCACGGCAGCCCCCACCAUGGUAUCAAGAGAGCGUGUGGGCACUGUGAUGGGUCUGCUGCAGCUGAGGUGCACAGGGCACCUGCUCUGUGCACUGACUCUCCUUGAGGCUGCUGGGGCCUUGGCCUCGAUGCUCUACGCGCUGCUGUGGGAAGCUGGGAACCUGGUCGACCUCCCUUACAAACGCAUCGGCUUUUACAACUUCUGCCUGUGGAACAAGACAGCUGGGGAGCUGCAGUGCCUGGAGCACCAUGAUCUGCAAAUGAUGGGCAUCAACAUGCUGGGAAUAGUACUUGCCAGGGUUUGUGUCUAUACCUGCCUGGUCUUCUGCAUUUUCUACCCCAUUUUUAUUGCAAAUGUGAAGUGCACAGAGGAGGCAAAGGGCUGGAAGGUGAUCCUUAUCAUACUCAUCAUCAAGAUGAUAAUCCUGUCUGGAGGCCUGGGUAUGUUUCUCCUCCAAACCUCAGAAUGGAUUCAACCCUCUGAUUUCACUGGGGGCUUUCUGGCACUGGUUGUGACUCAGGCUCUGCUACUGCUCCAGAUUUUCACUGUCACUAUGUACCUCAGCUGGGUCAAGAACACGUAUCUAUGUUGAAGCCUUUUUAUUGCCCAUUAAGAUUUGAAAGCAAAGAAGAUGCAAAAGCUCUUGAUAACCUGAUUAAAACAGUAAACAUACUACAGCUUUAAUCACUGGCAGAAAAACUAAUCCUUAGUCCAAGUGCUCUAGUCCAGCCUGACCUGGAGGACAGUGAAAGGGACAGACUGGAACCUGCAGAUGGUGCACACAUCCUUCUGGCCAUACCUAAGCCCAUCCUUCUGGGUACAGUUAGCCAGAGAAUCAAGCAGACUUACUGUAUUGGAACUGCCCAAAGAGAUUCCCUUCUCCACCUCCUGGUGGAACUGAGCAUGUAUUUGAGGCAAUCAUGACUAAGGAGCUGUGGCUUCACACUGCUGUCACAGCAGCAGCCUCCCCAGAGGUGCACUGGAAAUACUUUGUUCAGCAGGAGCACCUGCAUUUCAUUUGCUGGAAUAACGUCUGGAGUGAUGCUGCCAUAGCUCACUAGGGUGCAGUGUCCCACAUCCAACCACAGCAGGAGCAAAGCACCUGGAGGGGCAGAUUAACCACUUGUUGAGUGCUGAACACAGCCCUAACGAGGAGGGAUUCCAGAAGACUCUUCGGGAUGCAGAGCCCCAGGUUUGUACCCAUUGAUAUUACAGGGCUGAGUCCAUCAAUCCAUCAACCAGACAGACUCCAGAAGAGGCUAGUGCUGCGCGAGGGGAGCUGUCAGCAGAGCCAGCUCAGCUCUUGGUCCAACACAUGCCUCACACAAGCGGCAAGGAGCAGGACCAAGGCAGCCCCCAGCCAGGGUGCAGUGCCCUAGCAGAGCCACCAGAGCGCACUGGCUCUGUGCUGUACCUGUAACCUCCCGAAGGAAGCACCUGCUUCCCAGUGUCCCCUGUAGGGACACAAGGAGAUGCCUCUUCUGCUGGAAGGUCUGGGGAGGAUGUAGCUGGAGAUGCUGGUUUGACUGAUCUUCAAUAAAAAAGCUCUAACACCUG